UGUAGAAGUCAAAAUUGUGCAAUACAGAAAAGAUGAGAUUGCAUCAUAGCAACAUAGCGUGUAUUGGGAAAUUUGACAUCAUUUGCCAUAAGUUUUGUAUAAAAUCGAAAAAUCUUAAUUUUAUUUUCUACACUCAAGUGAGAAAUGGUCAAGUGACUACACUUUCCACGCAAUGCAGAGCUCAUGAAAGACUAUAUUCGGCAGAAGUCAGCCCCUCUCAUAUAAAAAAUUAACUAAUAGGAACAUGAAUAACAAAGGAAUUUGAUAAAUCAAAUCAGCCAAAUAGCUCAUGAGCGGAAAUAUAUGGGGAAAUCUAUAGAAAGCAUAGAAAUACAUCAUACAUUUACGGCAAAAAUUUUGAUAUAUACUCUCUCUUACCCCUACAGGCUCCACCCAAUUUUUUUAAUAUUCAAAAAUAUAUCCAACAAUGCGCAAGAAACCCUGAAACGUCAAAAACAGAGCAAAUGAGAAUUAAACACAGUUUACAUUAGAAUAGUAUGUUUCAAUAAUUGCCUAAAUCUACUGUACUAUGA